ACGCACGCAAGCGCUUUUGCGUCGUCGCACGCAGUAAACUAAAGUAGUUAAUGCCAGCAUGGCGUUCACGCUGUACGCGCUGAUUCAAACAGCGAUAUUAUUCACGAAUGCCGUCGCGGUGCUCCACGAAGAGAGGUUUCUCAGUAAAAUCGGCUGGGGAGCAGAGCAGGGUAUUGGAGGAUUUGGAGAUGAACCCGGCAUUAAAGCACAACUUCUGAACCUUAUUCGCUCCGUCAGGACUGUCAUGAGAGUACCUCUGAUAGCAGUAAAUUCAGUGUGUAUCGUCUUAUUAUUACUGUUUGGAUGAAGAAAGAAUCGAUGGGUUGCGGUGGAUCAGGAUCUGUUGUGGAACACAGGGAAUGUGGCAAAGGAAAAUGGACUGUUUUUGUAUCUGUGGUUCUAAAUGUUGCUCUCCAAUGUCUGACCAUUGUACCCGGAAUGAUUUACUGUAAGUACUCUGGUAGUUUUAUACGAAACAAAUACCAGUAAACAUUUUUCUUUUCAAGUUUUGUAGCUUUACGGAAGCUCCUGCGUCUGUACAUGCUGUUUUUGUCACAUUCAAGGUCCAGUAAAGUGUCGAUUAGAACAAGCAACAAUGAAAUCAGUCAGACAUGUCUGACAAAGCCAUACAGUUUGUUUCUGGCACCUGAAUUUUUUUUUUUUUUAAAGUUUUUGUUAAGUUCCCCAAAACUAAUCUUCCAUUUCAAAGACGGCUUGGAAAGUAAAGGUUAGGUUUAAUAUAUUUAAAGGCAUAUUGAUAAAGUUUGAAUUUUAAUAAAGAUGUGCUUACUGUACUGAAUUGUAGUGUUAUUAUAUAAAAUACAACACGUUUGGUCUGAAAAGUUUGACCAAAGUAGCCUCUAGCCUUAUGAGCCAGUCGCUCCACAUUUCAGAUGUUAAAGAAGUGAUUGUGUCUUUCCAUCUGUUAAUGUAUGUUGUGGAUUUUGUGCCUUUUUUUUGUAAUAAGUGCAUUACAUCUCUAAUAAUUUUGCCGCCUAAGAUCAGUCAGCAUUUAUUAAAUCAGAUGGUUUAAUGUUAUUUGUUGAGGAGGUCGAGUGAUUAGAAGCAUAUGGAGUCCAUUAACAACACUAGAUUAGUCCAUUAGGAUUAAACUACCUUUUUAUUAACGUACCACAGAUAAAACGCUGAAUUACAACCAUAUGUUCAGAGCAGCGAUUAAAGCCUGACCCUUUUAUAAUCUAUGCUUAAUAGUUAUUACCAAAGAUGAUGUCUUUAUAUUUCUCCAAUCCCAGGAUUUAUGUCAUGGCAGAGAAAAAUAUUUUUGGCAGCAAAGUUAUGCUCCUCAUUAUCCCAAAGAAUGGGUAUCUCU